ACUAGGUAACUAUAAUCAUUUAGAUUAUUUUAGAAUUCAGUUGCAGUUUUUACAAUUGUCUAUAACGUCGGCGGGUAUCAAAUUACAAUGGCUGAACAAAACGAAUUACAAAUUUUAAAUAAAACGGAUGUUUCGCAUACUGAAGGCCAUACUAAUAAGAAUCAACAGGAUAUCGGAGCAGCAACGUGGACAAAGUUAUUGGUGUUUGCUGGAUAUGCAUCCACUUUAGGAUCAGCUGUACCAGCUGGAUAUUGCAUAGGAGUAAUGAAUAGUCCAGCCGUGUUCAUGCGUCAUUGGUGUAAUGAGACAUUAAUAUACAGAUAUGAUGUAUAUUUAUCGGCAGCAUCAAUUGAACUGCUGUGGUCUGCUAUAGUUUCUAUAUUUUUAAUAGGUGGAGCUAUAGGAUCACUGACUGGAGCUGGUUUGGCUAAUAAGUUUGGAAGAAAAGGAUGCAAUUUUAUAUGUGGAGCCUUGUUUUUUGUCGGGGCAAUAUGUUUUUUCUUUUGUCGCAUGAUAAGUUCGGUGGAGCUUUUACUUUUGGGCCGUUUCUUUGUAGGCAUUGCGUCCGGUUUAACUACCGCCUGUCUGCCUAUGUAUUUAAGUGAAAUAGCGCCGUUGGCAUUACGCGGCACUUUAGGUGUAUUUUGUGCUGUAGGCUUCACGACUGGUGUUGUCGUUGGCCAGAUAUUUAGCUUACGUUCGGUAUUUGGGACCGAAUCUCAUUGGCAUGUUGCAUUAAGUUUCUAUGUCAUACUUGUUGUUUUGUGUUAUACACCCUUCUUCUUGUACCCGGAAAGUCCAAAAUGGUUGUAUAUUGUUAAAAAAGACCGUGAAGAGGCCCAAGCGCUGUUAAUGCGUCUAAGGGGAAAUGUUAAAGCGGAGAUUUUGGCCCAAGAGCUGGAAACCAUGGAAGCAGAAUCAAAUUUAGUGGGGCAAGCAAGCAGCUAUGUAGAUGUGCUUAAGGAUCCAAAGCUGUUAAUGCCGCUUAUCAUUGUCUGUGCAUAUCAAGGAGGUCAACAAUUGUCUGGAAUUAAUGCGAUAUUUUAUUAUUCUGUCUCAAUAUUCCGUAGAGCUGGUAUGACACCACAAGCUGCAGAAUGGGCCAAUUUGGGGGCAGGUUCAAUAAAUUUGGCCACAUCCCUAUUGGGACCAAUUCUUAUGGCCAAAAUUAAUCGUAGACCACUUAUGUUAAUGUCUACGUUGGUGUGUUCCUUCUUUCUGCUAAGCUUUGCCUUAAUGCUUAAUUAUAUUGACAGUGUCAGUUGGUUUGCUCAAGGCUGCAUAUCUUGCAUAUUUCUAUACAUAUUCUUUUUCCAAUUUGGCGUGGGACCUAUACCAUAUUUCAUUGGCUCAGAACUUUUUGAAGUAUCUCCCAGGCCAGUGGCCAUGUCAAUGGGCAGCUUGUCCUCAUGGAGUUGUAAUUUUAUAAUUGGCAUGACUUUUCCCAGUUUGCAAAAUGCCUGGGGUUCAUUUGUGUUUCUACCAUUUUCGAUAACAUGUUUCUUAAUGUUUUUAUUAACGAAAUUUUAUUUACCCGAAACAAGAGGACGCGAUCCAUCUCAGGUUGGACCUUUAAUUUCUAAAGGUUUCAAAUCCAAAAUUAUGUAAAUAUAUUGUCAAUAAAGAAUAAGAACAUAUUUCA